AUGUUUCAGGAACAAUCAUUUGGAGGAUAAGAUAAAUCGACUAUAGAAUGUCGAAAUUUAAGAAGACAUGGUAAAUGUACAGUUUCUGGUUGUCCAUAUUCACAUAGUGCUGCUUCUGUUAAACCAAAAGUUUUAAGGAAAGUAUUUUAAGGAUAAAGUGGAAUAAUAUCUGAUCCAAAUUAGUAAUAAUAGAAUUAUCGUAACAAUUUUUAGAAUAGAAAUAAUUAUAAUAACAACUAAAAUUAUUAAGGCAGAAGAGAUUUUCAAUUUAAUAGAUUAAAUCAAAUUAAUAAUAAUAAUACAUAAGACAGAUUAAAUUAUAGUAAUAAUUAAUAUUAGCAAUCCUAAUCCACAUAAUAAUAUGAUAAUAGAUAAUAAAAUUAACCAUCAUAUUAGGGUUUAUAAUAAUAACCAACAAUUGGACUUUAAUUACUAUAUAAAAUGAAUGUUGAAAAUCUUAAAGGAUUUUUAAGGAUAAUCAAUAUUAAUAACAAUUUUUAUUUUGGUCUAAUAAACAAUAGAGGUAUUACUUUUUAUCCUUACAAUGAAACCAAAGGAAUAGAUAUUUUAUAAAAGAUAGAUUUUGUAAUUUAAUUUGAAGUAGAAGAUGCAUUUAUCUAAGAAUAUACUUAACAAAAUAAUAGAAAAGAACUUUAUUGUUUAGCUGUUGUGAUCAUUGAAUCAGGUUUAAAAAGCGUGUUGAUUUAUCCAGAUUUUUUAAAUUCUUAGACUAAUUUUGUUAAAAUUUCAGAUAUUUCUAAUACAUACUUAAAAUAUAUACAUGUUAAUACAUUAAAUAGUGAAUUAUACACUUUUAGUUCAGAUGGUAUUCUAUUUGCUUAUUGAAGGGUUUAUCAGAGUGUUCGACCUUCAAAACACUCAAAAUUCAUUAAAGUAUUAUGCUUAAUAGACAGAAGUCUUUUAGUCCAUCUUUUUCCUUAAUGAAACAUCAAAGGGUAGCAAUUUCCUUAUUUCAACAAAGAAUGGAAACAUUUAUCAUUAUAUGAAUCAAUAAUUUACUAAAUUGCAUUCCUUAACAGAACAAACAUUAAUAGAUAUUACUAUUGAGAAUGAUUCAAAACGAGUUUAUUUAGCCACAAAAAGUUAAGAAAUGUUUAAUAUAUAUAUAAUAAAUGAAAAUAAUGCUUUUGAAGGUCCAAUUUAUACACAUAGAUAUCCUAUUUAAAAAUUAAUUGGAUUCAAAGAUUUUGAUUAAAUUAAUUGUUUAUUAGUAUCAGAUAAUAGAGGUUAAUUGGAUAUAUUAAAGGAAUAACCAUCUAAUGAUUAAGUGAAAUUCUUAAGAUAAAUACAAUGUAUAAAAUUUAAUAUCUAUAAUAAGAUAAAUAAAUUAUGGGAGAUAUUAAGAAAAUUAUGUUUUUUAAAAUGAUUAAUAUCAAUAAAGUUAUUGAAAAAAUGAUAUUUGUUCAAAGAUAAAAGGAUCCAUAAAGAUAAGAAUCAACUAAUUUUGAAUUUUAUAGAUUUUAUUAGAUAUUUUGA